AUGGAGGACGCUUCAAGUGAAUGCGAAGGACAGUUUUUGUUUCUUUCGAGGGAUGAAUUGUUUAAUGCUUUUGAAGAUUUUAAGAAAGAUACUUGCACUGGAUGGCGUUGCGUCUUUAAAGACUCAAAAUUUGGUAAGUUUGGUAAACUGUUCAAUAAUUCAUAACAUGCAAAUGAGAAUAGACCAUAUUAAUAUACGGUACUACAGUAGCGACCAAAUUUAUACGAAUAGCGUGUGGAUCUAUUAACAAACACAUCAUUUGACAGCAGUAGAUCGACGGAAUUCCCUCAUAAUUUACAUUUAGAUACUGCAAUGUAGGUCAAUCAUACUUUCACACAGAUGUUUGAAUACAGGCUUAUAAACAGUCAAUUUGAUAUAAUCACCAAAGUUAUAGUCUGUUAACUUUGUACUGUUUUGUGCUAUAACAUGAUAAUAUGACUUUUUAUAUGGAUGGAUUUUAAUAUAGAGAUGGAUGUGAAGAAACUUAUCGAAGAGGCAAAGAAUGCAUCCAGAAUAAAGUGGUCAGUAUCUGCCAUGAACGAUGGGAUAUGCAGUAAAUUUGAUGGGAUUCCUAUUCUGUCAGCUGGGACAAUGCAAUUUCACUGCCACCAAGGUGUUGAUAUAGACUUACCACAAAAAAAUAAAAGAAAACAAAUUAAGGAUGACAAG